AUGGCAAGCAGAAAACGUCCGCUUCUCAACAGUGUGUGCAGAAUCAAGGAUUUGGUUCAGAACAUGGCAAUGACAGUUUCAGUGUUGUCCUAUUCCCAAACGAGCAGCAUCAGUUUUCGCAGUGUUAGCUCUGGCGUCGUUGUCUUGCUGCUGCCCAAAAAUAAGGGCCAACCAGAGCAGGCCGCCCAGCGAAAUCGGGACGGCCCUGCUCGGGCGAUCCCUAGCGUGCUGCAGCUUGCCACCCUUUGCAAUUUUGCCACACUUCUGGGCAGAGUUUUUACGGCUAUGAAUACGUGUCCCACCCAAAUACACCACAUUCACACCCCAUAG